GUCUGUUUCUGUUGUCAGUGUGGAGGAAUUGGCGGGUUGGUGUGCUGGGUGGGGUGGAUGAUGGAAGCUCUAAAACUUCUUUGUUCAUUGUAUGUUUCGAGUCGGUGAGGGAUCUAGACUAUUCUUGGGUGUUUGUUGUUUGCCCUUGUUCUGGGUGAAGCACAUGGCAUGGUUUUGUCUUUGUUUACUGAGGAGUGGAACAACUUCUCAUUGUCUAGAAACAUUGAUACCGAAGAAGGUUCCGUCUCGGGGGUCAUAGUGGAGGG